GCUGCCUGGCCGGGCGCUCUGCGGCGCGCACCGGGCCCGGAUGCUGCGGGAUCCGGCGCCGGGACAUUAAACUCCCCAAUGGCCAACGGAGCAGCCGAGCUGGAUAACAUGGAGGUGCAGCUGCAGAACAACAACACCCGCUGGGAGAACAUGGACAACCAGGCCUGGGAUGACACCACGGCCACCGCCAAGCUGUUUGAGUGCUCCCGCAUCAAAGCACUCGCUGAUGAGCGCGAGGCCGUGCAGAAGAAAACCUUCACCAAGUGGGUGAACUCGCACCUGGCCCAGGUGUCCUGCCGCAUCAGCGACCUCUACGCCGACCUCCGCGACGGCUACAUGCUGACCAAGCUGCUGGAGGUGCUGUCUGGGGAGCAACUGCCCAAGCCGACGCGCGGGCGUAUGCGGAUCCACUCGCUGGAGAACGUGGACAAAGCCCUGCAGUUCCUGAAGGAGCAGCGGGUGCACCUGGAGAACGUCGGCUCGCACGACAUCGUGGAUGGGAACCACCGCCUGACGCUGGGGCUCAUCUGGACCAUCAUCCUGCGGUUCCAGAUCCAGGUGAUUAAAAUCGAGACGGAAGACAACAGGGAGACCCGCUCGGCCAAGGAUGCGCUGCUGCUCUGGUGCCAGAUGAAGACAGCAGGGUACCCGGAAGUGAAUAUCCAGAACUUCACCACCAGCUGGAGAGACGGGCUGGCCUUCAACGCCCUGAUUCACCGGCACAGGCCAGAGAUCAUCGACUUCAGCAAACUCAGCAAAUCCAACGCUACUUACAACCUGCAGCAGGCCUUCAACGUGGCCGAGCAGCAGCUGGGCGUGACCAAGCUGCUGGACCCGGAAGACGUGAACAUGGAGAGCCCAGACGAGAAGUCCAUCAUCACCUAUGUGGUCUCUUUCUACCACUACUUCUCCAAAAUGAAGGCCCUCGCAGUGGAGGGGAAGAGGAUUGGGAAGGUGCUGGACCAGGCGGUGGAGAUGGAGAAGCUCAUGGAGCGGUACGAGCUGCUGGCGGCCGAGCUGCUGGCGUGGAUUGAGCACACCGUCGGCAUCAUCAGCAACCAGAAAUUCGCCAACUCCCUGGCCGGGGUGCAGCAGCAGCUCCAGGCCUUCACCACCUUCUGCACCCUGCAGAAGCCGGUCAAGUUCCAGGAGAAGGGGAACCUGGAGGUCCUGCUGUUCAGCGUCCAGAGCAGGCUGCGUGCCCAGGGCCGCAAACUCUACGUGCCCAGCGAGGGCCGGGGCAUCGCGGACAUCAACAAGGCCUGGACCCGGCUGGAGAAGGUGGAGCACGAGCAGGAGGUGUCGCUGCACAAUGAGCUCAUCCGGCAGGAGAAGCUGGAGCUGCUGGCCCAGCGCUUCGACCACAAGGCCGGCAUGCGGGAGGCCUGGCUCGGCGAGAACCAGCGGCUGGUGGCGCAGGAUAACUUUGGCUACGACCUGCCGGCGGUGGAGGCGGCCAUGAAGAAGCACGAGGCCAUUGAGGCGGACGUCUCGUCCUACGAGGAGCGCAUCCAGGUGGUGGUGGAGCUGGCGCUGGCCCUGGAAGCCGAGGGUUACUACGACGUGCGGCGCGUCAGCGCCCAGAAGGGCAGCAUCCUGCGCCAGUGGGGGCUGCUGACCGAGCUGGUGGCUGCCCGGAGAGCCCGCCUGGAGCAGAGCCUGGCCCUGCAGACCAUCUUCCAGGAGAUGGUUUACAUGAUCGACUGGAUGGAGGAGAUGCAGGCCCCACUGCUGUCGAGGGAGGUGGGGAAGCACCUGCUGGAGGUGGAGGACCUGCUGCAGAAACACGCCCUGCUGGAGGCCGACGUGGCUGCCCAGAACGAGCGGGUGCAGGCGCUCAACCAGGCCGCCCUGAAGUUCUGCGAGCUGGAGGGUUACCAGCCCUGCGACCCCCAGAUCAUCUGCAACCGUGUGACCCACGUGCAGACGUGCCUGGAGGAGCUGUGCCAGCGGGCGGCCCAGCGGCGCACGGAGCUGGAGGCCUCCCGCCAGCUGUGGGCCUGCUUCCAGGAGCUGGAGGAGGCGGAGGCCUGGGUGCGGGAGAAGGAGCAGAUCCUGGCCUCCAAGCCGUGCGGCAAGGACCUGAGCAGCGUGCUGCAGCUGAGCGGGCAGCACAAGCUGAUGCUGGGGGAGCUGGGCGGGCGCCGGGCCCUGCUGCACCAGGCCGUGAAGAAGGGGGAGCAGCUGCUGGCCACCCAGCGCCCCGGCGCGGCCCAGCUGCAGGAGAAGCUGCGGGAGGUGCGGCAGCGCUGGAAGAAGCUGGAGGAGGUGACGGGAACGCACCAGCAGAAGCUGCAGGAGGCUCUGAGCUUCUACCAGUUCAGCGCGGAGACGGACGACCUGCUGGCCUGGCUGCAGGACACCUACCGCCUGGCCUCCAGCGACGACUUCGGGCACGACGAGUACUCCAGCCAGGCGCUGCUCCGCAAGCACGCGGCCAUGGCGCAGGAGCUGGAGCGGCACCGGGCGCCCGUGCUGGCCCUGCGCGCCCAGCUGGCCCGGCUGGCCCCCCAGCACCACCAGGUGCUGGACGUGCAGAUCCGCAUCGUGGAGGUGGAGCAGCUCUACGGGGAGGUGGCCGAGGUGGCCGUGCUGCGGCACCAGUGGCUGCAGGACGCCCUGGCCGUGUACCGCAUGUUCGGCGAGGUCCGUGCCUGCGAGGGCUGGCUGGACGAGAAGGAGCAGUGGCUCUCCGGGAUGCACGUGCCACAGGAGCUGGAGGACGUGGAAGUGGUGCAGCACAGGUUUGAGAGCCUGGACCAGGAGAUGAACAGCGUCAUGGGGCGCAUCCUGGACGUGAACGAGACCGUGCAGCAGCUGGUGGAGGGGGACCACCCCAGCGCAUCCGAGGUGCAGUCCUGUCGGGACCACCUGAACGGCAGGUGGAACCGGGUGGUGGAGCUGGUGGAGCAGAGGAAGGAGCAUCUCAGCUCCGUCCUGAGGAUCCAGAACUACCUGCUGGAGUGCACCGAGAUCAAGGCGCAGAUCCGGGAGAAGCGCCGCGCUGUGGAGUCCAGCCAGUACAGCAGCGGCGACCUGGGGGGUGUCCUGGCCUUGCAGCGCAAACUCUCCGCCAUGGAAGCUGUCCUGGUGGUGCUGGAGCCCAAGCUCCUUGAGCUGCAGCAGGAGGGGGAGGCCUUGGCCACCGCCCACCCGGCCCAGGCACUGACCGUCCUGCUGCACUUCGAGGAGAUCAGUGAGGAGUGGGAGGCCUUGAAGAGGACCCUGCAGGGCUGCGAGGACUCGCUCUCCGUGGCCAGCCGGCUGCAGCAGUUCAUCCAGGACCUGGACAACUUCCUGACCUGGCUGGUGAAGACCCAGGCGGCCGUGGCCUCGGAAGAGCUUCCCAGCAACCUGGCGGGGGCCGAGCGGCUGCUGAGCCAGCACGCGGCCCUCAAGGAGGAAAUCGACCGCUACGAGGAGGACUACACCAAGAUCCAGGCGGCCAGCGACCUGCUGGCCCCGGAGGAGGCCGACGUCCCCUGCCUCUCGCUCCAGCAGUGGCUGCAGAAGCUGGACGUGGGCUGGACCAAGCUGCUGCAGAUGUGGGAGAGCCGGCGGGAGGCGCUGGUGCAGGCGCAUAUCUUCCACCUUUUCCUGAGGGACGUGCAGCAGGCUGAGACGUGUCUCUACAACCAGGCAUCCAUCCUGGCCCACGCGGAGCUGCCCACCACGGUGGAGGCGGUGGAGAAGGCCAUCAGGAAGCACAGGGAUUUCAUAACAACCAUGGAGCUGAGCGUGCCGAAGACGACGCUGGCUCUGCAGGCCGGGGAGAGCCUGGUGCGCCAGGGCAGCCCCUACAGUGAGCGCGCCCAGGAGGAGAUGGCAGCGCUCAGAGACAAGAGCCACCGGAACUUCCAGCUGGCCCAGGAGCGGAUGCAGCAGCUGAAUGAUCACUUGGAUCUGCAGCGUUUCUUGCAGAACUGUCAUGAGCUCGCCGGCUGGAUGGGGGAGAAGCGGCUCAUGGCCGGGGACCAGGCGGCCAAGCCCCACGCGCGCUGGCUGCGGCACCAGGCGCUCCGGGCCGAGCUGGCGCAGAACCGCGAGUGGCUGGACAAGAUCGAGCAGGUGAGACGGGGGGGAGGGGUGUCGGUAGCUGCUUUCUGA